AUGUGGUGCACGCGGUGCACCAACCCGGCUACCCUAGUGACCUUUUGCGCCGGGCUUUGGAUCUCGAACCUGGUGCUGGCGCAGGGCCUGGAGGCCAGUGUGCGGCCGGGGCCUGAUUGUGAAGUAUGUAAAGAAUUCUUAAACCGAUUCUACAACUCCUUGCUAACCAGAGGAAUAGACUUUUCUGUGGACACCAUAGAGAAAGAGUUGAUCAGCUUUUGCUUGGAUGCCAAAGGAAAAGAAAACCGCCUGUGCUAUUAUCUGGGAGCCACCAAAGACGCAGCCACCAAGAUCCUCGGUGAAGUCAUACGUCCCAUGAGUGUGCACGUGCCCAUAGUGAAGAUCUGUGAGAGGCUGAAGAAGAUGGACAGCCAGAUUUGUGAGCUGAAGUACGAGAAGAAACUAGACUUGGCAUCGGUGGACCUAUGGAAGAUGAAAGUUGCAGAACUGAAACAGAUCCUGCACAGCUGGGGGGAGGAGUGCAAGGCCUGCGCAGAAAAAAGUGACUACGUGACCCUCAUCAAAGAGCUGGCCCCCAAAUAUGUAGAGCCACACCCCCAAACCGAGCUCUGA